UUAAGGAAAUAGGGAGAAAAAAAUGAAGUAGAACGAGGGUGAGAGACGCAGAGAGAUGUUUUCCCUCCCUGUAUUGUGCGCCCUGAGCCAUCCAUCCCUCCCACCUCCCGAGUGUUUCUAUAGUAAUUUCCAUCCAAUGAUCAGUAGGUGUCCACAUCCCUGCUUCCUCACCUCAGCACCAAUCAGCCACACACAGCGACAGGAGACACGGAGUGAGCAGAGAGCAGGCAGACGCGCCAGCACAACAACACAAACCCCGUGGAUCCAGAGGAGAGGAGACGCGCCGUCACCUCCUCCUGCUCCUGCUGCUGCUGCUGCUGUUGCUCCUCCUGCUCCUCUACCUCCUUUUCUCAUACACCCUGCUGGACUCAUCUGGGCACUUUUUUUUUUUUUUUUUUUUUUUUUUGGCGGGGCCCUAUUUUCUUACGCGAAAAGAAAGUCGAGAGUGGAGGAGAAAAAAAAUGCUUCUUUUGUUUUGAGCCUUUUGGACACACGCGGACACGCGCACACGCACUCGCUCCGUUCCGGCAGCCUAUGUCUGUGCGUCUUUUUCCGUCCUUUCCUUUUAUUCCCCUGCGCGUUUCGCCUCGCAGUGAUGUGCGGUUUCACAGUCGGAGGCUGGUAGCAUCUUGGGAGCUCUUCCCAACAGAACCUGCACCACGGGAGACAAACCAGGAUGGUAACGCUGCGUUCGUAACCUGCUGCAGAUCGACGACGGCCUCCAUACCUUCACGCUCCUCCAUUGAACACUGACCACCUUUUGUCAGCCAUGUCUAACCUAAACAAUGCACUUUGCGUUGAAAAUGGACAGAGCGCCGACGUGUCCCUCUUACAAAAGGAUACUCUUCAGGAUGGUGGAUUAAGCCAGCUUUUGGAUUAUAACGCUGAAAUGGAAAGGUACAGGUCUUUUGCAAACUUUUACAAAACCAACGGGGCAUUUCCUCAGACUGCCAAAAUUGCCCGCAUCACGACGCCCAUUUUCCCCAGCGCUAGAAUUGGCAUGUCCCCCUGGAACUGUGAUAACGCCAUGCUCUGGGGAAGGAAAUCAGCGGCAAUAAACCCUAAUAGGACCGGCAUGCAUAGAAAUGACUCCCAGAGACCAGGGAAGCCUGGCGUGCCGCCAGAGACGCUGCAAAUGGCAAAUAAUAAUUUCCUCUCUACCUUAUCCCCUGAACACUGCAGACCUUUAGCAGGAGAAUGCAUGAACAAGCUGAAAUGCGGCGCUGCUGAAGCAGAGAUAAUGAAUCUCCCAGAACGCGUUGGAACUUUUUCCGCUAUUCCGGCUUUAGGGGGCAUCUCAUUACCUCCCGGGGUCAUCGUCAUGACAGCCCUUCACUCCCCCGCAGCCUCAGCAGCCGUUACAGACAGUGCGUUUCAAAUUGCCAAUCUGGCAGACUGCCCACAGAAUAAUUCCUCAGCAUCCAGUGGAAACCCAGCAAAAAAGAAAAGGAAAAGGUGUGGGGUCUGUGCACCCUGCAGGCGUCUAAUCAACUGCGGUGUGUGCAGCAGUUGUCGGAACCGCAAAACGGGCCACCAGAUCUGCAAGUUCAGGAAAUGCGAGGAGCUGAAAAAGAAGCCAGGCUCAUCGUUGGAGAGGACGCCGGUCAGCAGUGGUGAAGCUUUUCGGUGGUUCUUCUAGACAUUGGAGCCGCAGCGCCCUCGUGCACCUGCAGGAGGGAAAGUUGGACUCUUGACUCUACCAGGAGCAUUUGAUCGGUUCCCAGAACCCAACGUGCUUCACACAUUUGUGACAUAACGAUGAAUCUCCAAAGGGGAAAAAGAGGACAGACGAGAAGAUACAUGAAAACAAAAUGGUGUCGUUUUAAUGCUGUAAUUUUUCCUUUUUGUGUAAUUAUUGUAACUUUUGACAGUAUCAUAUUGUAUAUUUUCGGUGUCUACGAACGUGUUCUCAGUGUUGUGGCUGUACUUUCGCAGCCAUCCCCCGUGUAAAGGACUCAAACAGACAAUCAAACCCGGAGUCGACCUGGACAUCUGUCAAACAGAGGAGCAAACAAACUGUACACUGGAGCAAUAAUCUGUCCUGUUGAUUAUUCUUCAACCUUUAAUUUCUGUUGACUCUUCUAUUAUUUCAUCAACCUCAGACACCCUCUAAUUUCUCCUUUUAUUUUCUCUGGAAACACAUUCACUAUUCUCAGCUGGCUCAGUGUCUGGCCCAGAGCCAGCGCGUGAUGAGCGGCGUCAGUUCGUCCGUGACGGGCUCGUUGACAUGUUUCCCUGUGACUUGUUUGA